AUGAGCUACUACAGCGGCUACUACGGAGGCCUGGGCUAUGGCUAUGGCGGUUUUGGAGGCCUGGGCUGUGGCUAUAACAGCAUCCGCAGACUGGGCUAUGGUUCUGGCUUUGGAGGCUUUGGAUAUGGCUCUGGCUUUGGAGGCUUUGGAUAUGGCUCUGGCUUCGGAGGCUCUGGCUCUGGCUCUGGCUUCAGAGGCUACGGAUAUGGAUGCCGCCGCCCUUCCUACUGUGGAAGAUACGGGUUCUCCAGCUUCUACUGA